GUCAGAAAGUUGCCUGGUGGGGGAAGGGUAGAGGCGGGGAAGUUAGUAGAGGAAGAUAUAAGGGCUCGGACUGGUGAAGAGCUGGGACAUUGACACAGCUCUGCUCAGAUUCACCCAAGCUCCUUCCUGAACCUUUUCGAUUCCCGCCUGCCAACAUGCCCAAGUGUCCUAAGUGCCAGAAAGAAGUUUAUUUUGCUGAACGGGUGACAUCCUUGGGGAAGGACUGGCAUCGCCCAUGCCUGAAAUGUGAAAAAUGUGGAAAGACUUUGACAUCGGGAGGCCAUGCAGAGCAUGAAGGGAAGCCCUAUUGUAACCAUCCUUGCUAUGCUGCCAUGUUUGGGCCCAAAGGCUUUGGAAGAGGAGGUGCUGAAAGUCAUACCUUCAAGUAAAUCUAGGUUCUGGAAAACCUUUUCUUCAUCUUCUGCUUCCCUUCACUCUACAGGCAAAUGUCAGCUGGACUUGACCUCUUGUAAUCAGUCACAUCAUCAAUAAAUCCUAAAUCCUAAACACAAUUGACUUAUUUAUUUGUAUUAUCUACUGGGGUGGUGAUCUAAGAUGUGGAAGGCUGAAGAACUCUAAACAAACCACUUUAAUGGUCUGGAAAUCAAAGAAAUUUAGGACCCUUGUGAAGGAUCCAUGCAUUGGUCUAUCUGCCAUCUGGGGGAGGGAAUAGGACGAAGGAGGGGACAAAAGGAUUUUGCAACUGUCAAUGCUGAAAAAUUACCCAUGCAUAUAUCUUGUAAAUAAAAAGCUAUAAUAAAAAA